AUGCUUCCUGCGAGACGUAGCCUGGCGCUCAUCGCCACGAGGGGCUGUCGCAGGCUCCCCAGCCUUGUACCGAUUGCCUGCCGCACACAACGAUUCAGGCCGCUCAGCUCGACUUCCAGGGUACGGCAGAACGCGUUCCACUCGCAGCUGCAAGACACAUCCUCGGACCUAUUCUCCUCCCUCCAGAAACCGCCGUCGAGCCCCCAGACCCUCACCGAGAAGAUUGUUCAGAGGUACUCCGUCGGCCUUGCUCCUGGAAAGAAGGUCAAAUCCGGCGACUAUGUGACCUUGUCACCGCACCACUGCAUGACGCACGACAACUCGUGGCCUGUCGCCCUCAAAUUCAUGUCGAUCGGAGCCUCCAAGAUCCAUGACAACAGGCAGGUCGUCAUGACCUUGGACCACGAUGUCCAGAACAAGAGCGAGUCCAACCUGAAAAAGUACAGACAGAUUGAGGAGUUUGCCAAGACGCACGGCGUCGACUUCUACCCUGCGGGGCGUGGCAUUGGGCAUCAGAUCAUGGUUGAGGAGGGCUACGCAUGGCCGGGCACGGUCACAGUCGCGUCGGACAGCCACAGCAACAUGUACGGAGGUGUUGGCUGUCUCGGUACGCCCAUGGUUCGUACUGACGCCGCCUCCAUCUGGGCUACCGGGAAAACGUGGUGGCAGAUCCCCCCUAUCGCCAAGGUGACUUUUACGGGUGUGCUACCCCCUGGUGUCACGGGAAAGGAUGUCAUCGUUGCACUUUGCGGUCUGUUCAACAAUGACGAGGUGCUAAAUCAUGCGAUUGAGUUCACCGGCUCGGAGGAGACGAUGCGCAGCAUCCCCGUGGACGACCGUCUCGCCAUCGCAAACAUGACCACAGAGUGGGGGGCCCUCGCUGGGCUCUUCCCGAUCGAUUCAGUCCUUCAAGGGUGGCUCCGCGGCAAGGCGACCACUGCUGCCAUGUUUGGAGGCGGCCGGGACGUUUUCACACACGAGAAAAUCGCAGAGCUCAUCCAGAACCAGCUGAGGGCCGACCCAGGAGCGAAAUAUGCCAAGUCUCUUUAUCUGAACCUGUCGACACUCGCCCCCUUUGUUGCCGGACCCAACUCAGUCAAGGUCGCUACACCCCUCAAGGACCUCGAGGCUAAGGAUAUCAAAGUCAACAAGGCCUACCUUGUCUCGUGCACAAACUCCCGAGCGUCUGAUAUCGCUGCGGCGGCCAGAGUUUUCAAGGAGGCUUCCAAGGAUGGCAAGCCCGCAGUCGUUGCGCCUGGGGUCAACUUUUACAUCGGAGCCGCCUCUACCCUUGAGCAGGCCGCCGCCGAAGAGGCCGGCGACUGGAAGGUGCUGCUAGAUGCGGGCGCCCAGGCCCUUCCCGCCGGCUGCGGACCGUGCAUUGGACUAGGCACGGGUCUUUUGGAGCCCGGCGAGGUGGGAAUCAGCGCGAGCAACCGCAACUUCAAGGGUCGGAUGGGGUCGACGGACGCCAAGGCCUACCUUGCCAGCCCGGAAGUCGUAGCCGCUAGCGCUCUCCAGGGCAAGAUUGCGGGCCCUGGCUGGUACCAGAAGCCUGAGGGCGUGGAAAAGGUGAUUAUCGGCGAGGGCAACGGUGAUGCAGUCCAUGACAAGGCGGUCAGCAUAGAAGAGGCACUGGCCAAGCUGCUCGGAGAAGCGGAAAGCAUGAUUUCCGACGCUGAGCAGAACUUGGGUGGCUCAUCACAACAGGCCGAGAGCGCGGAGGAGGAGGCCCUCACCGAGAUUCUACCUGGGUUCCCCGAGCGAGUCGAGGGCGAAAUCGUGUUCUGCGAUGCGGACAACAUCAAUACGGAUGGAAUCUACCCUGGCAAGUACACAUACCAAGACAACGUUUCGACCGAGAAGAUGGCCGAGGUGUGCAUGGAGAACUACGACAAGGACUUUGGCAAGGUUGCGCGGGAGGGUGACGUGCUGGUGGCGGGUUUCAACUUUGGCUGCGGCAGUUCCCGUGAGCAGGCGGCCACGGCAAUCCUGGCCAAGCGCAUCCCGCUCGUGGUUGCGGGCAGCUUCGGCAACAUCUUCAGCCGCAACAGCAUCAACAAUGCGCUCAUGGGCGUCGAGGUCCCGAGGCUGGUUCAGAGGCUGCGCGAGACGUUUGGCGGCAAGGGGCAGGGCGAGGAGAGCAAAGCGCUUACUCGCCGGACGGGUUGGACAUUCGUCUGGGAUGUCAGGAGGAGCAAGGUUACCGUUACCGAAGGCAGUGGUGGUGAGACGUGGAGCCAGAAGGUUGGCGAGCUGCCUCCCAACGUCCAGGAGAUCAUUGCCAGGGGUGGACUAGAGAAGUGGGUCAAGAGCCAAAUCGAGGCUUAG